GCUCGGAUGCCAAGUAAACAGUAAUUUUCCUGUGCGAGCCCGUACUGCAUGUACCGUCCGCGCGGACUUGUGCAUGCACACUUUUUAUGUAAGUAAGCCAAGAGUGCAUGUGCGCCUGUAUGGAGCACAUGAAGUGGGAGUGUGUGCGUGUGUGUGUAAGAGAGAGAGAGAGAGAGAGAGAGAAAGAGAGGCGGUGACAUUUUUUCAGUUUGUAUUCCUGGAAACUGCUCUGCAGCAUUGCUCAAUAAUGAAACUAGUGCGUAUAUGUAAGUGUGUGUGUGUGUGUGUAUGUGUGUGUGUGUUGGUGGGGAGACAAAAACAAUGAUUCAAGGUUCAGACGAGGGAAGAAGGUGCCACUGAGGAGGGGUUGAGGGAACUAUCGAAGUUAAUAGGAUAUUGGGUGCUGCGUUGGAUUGUUUUGUAGUCGGAGCUUGGGAUGACAAAAAAAAAAAAAAAUAAAUAAAAAAAUACGGACUCAGCACAACCGAGAACUAUGACAUGAAAAAACUGAUUGUGCUUAGUGUUGUUUUUGUUGCCGAGAAAAGUUGUUGUCAAGGCCGGCUUGCAGGUCAUCCAAGUCCAUGCUGCGGGAGAACUGUUGUUGAUGCAUUAAGUGCAGUUCAUGGAAUGAUUCCAGAGUUCUUGGAAUUCAAGUCAUGUAAAAAAACAGCAACAUAGCCUUAAGAUGCCUCUCCCAGCGGCAGAGUCUGCAGUGAAUAUCUGAAACACCAUCUUCCUCUGUGGCCAACAUGUCCCAGCUGCUCCAUGUGGAGAUCCCGAACUUUGGGGCCACAGUUUUGGGUUCCCUUAACGAGCAGCGCCUCCUGGGACACUACUGUGAUGUAUGCAUCUUGGUCAAAGGUCAGGCAUUCAAAGCCCACCGGGCUGUUUUGGCUGCCAGCAGCCUCUACUUUCGUGACCUCUUCAGCAGCUCCACCAAGUCCCAGUUUGAGUUGCCUUCCUCAGUCACACCUGCUUGCUUUGAGCAGAUCCUCACUUUCUGCUACACAGGGAAGCUAACAAUGGCAGCUAGCGAACAGCUGGUUGUCAUGUACACAGCUGGCUACCUCCAAAUUCAGCAUAUAGUCGAAAGAGGCAUGGACCUAAUGUUCAAGGCAAACUCACCUCACUGUGACUCGCAAACAGCAGGGUCCUUAGAAGAAACAGGAUCUGAGCCGCAGAGUCCUUGCAACAAUGGCAACGGCCUGGCAGUGGCCACCAUUUUGGGAACUCCGGGCUGGUCUCCAUCUCUACUCAUGACGCAACGUAAGAUUAAGCUAGAAGGGGGCGACCCGACGCCCCUGACAGUACCCUCGACGCAAAGCAAGAUUUCGUCUUCGGAGCUGGGCAGUCGGCUGGCGAGGGCUUCGCUGUUCUACACGACCGCCGGAGGGACGCCCAUUCCCGGCAUGCCUCCUUUCCACCUCCACGGGACCAGCGGCAGCGGAGCGGCAGGGGGCGCUGGCGUGGAAAGGUCCAGUCCUGGAGCGUCCAGCCUGCCGACCACCGACAGUCCCACAUCCUACCAGAACGAGGAUGAGGAGUUUGAGGAGGAGCCCUACGACGGGAUCACUGAAGAGGCCUACAGUCAACUCUAUGGACGCUCAGCUAACCCAUAUGGAAUCCAGGACAAGCCAGAGAUGGCAGCGGUGCCCUUGGCCUUGGAGAACCGCAACUGCGUGCUGAUCCGCAGGGACCUGGUGGCGCUGCCUGCAAGCCUCAUAAGCCAGAUAGGCUACCGCUGCCACCCUAAGCUCUACACUGAGGGGGACCCUGGGGAGAAGCUGGAACUGGUUGCUGGUACGCAGGUGUUCAUGACUCGAGGUCAGCUGAUGAACUGUCACCUGUGCGCCGGAAUCAAACACAAAGUCUUGCUCCGCCGUCUCUUAGCCACGUUCUUCGAUAGAAACACUUUAGCCAAUAGCUGUGGGACAGGUAUCCGUUCGUCUACGAGUGACCCAAGUAGGAAACCUCUGGACAGCAGGGUCCUCAACGCUGUCAAACUCUACUGUCAAAAUUUCAACCCUAACUUCAAGGAGAGUGAAAUGAAUGUGAUUGCUGCUGACAUGUGCACAAACGCGAGGCGUGUCCGCAAGCGAUGGCUGCCCAAGAUCAAGUCCAUGCUGCCAGAUGGCAUGGAGGUGUACCGUGCAGGAAUGGGCAUGGGUGCUGCUGUAGGUCUCGGCCUGGCGCUCGGCGCGCCUCAGUCAGGGGUUUCCCUCUCUUUCGAGCCUGACUUCAAGACCCUAGAGCAAAGGCUGUAUCCGGAUCGCAAGGAACCUCUCAGGACUCACCCACCGCUGACGGAAGGCAGCCCCGGGUCUGGGGCGGCCGGGGCCGAGGCAGAAGGCGAGGGAGUAGCCCAGGAGGAGCAGGAGGAAGACGAGGACGAAGCCGGGUUAGAGGGUGUGGACGGAUCGCUGGGGGCGCCAUCUUUGAUCGCGGGAGCCGAGGCGGGCAACUGCUCGGGCGACACGCCGCCCGAACAGGAAGUGGAAAGAUUUGGACAAGUACGGAGUGUGCUGUCACCACGAGCAGAGGAGGCUGAAUAUGCGGAGUAGUACGGGGAAGUGCACUACAGUGAGCGGUAGAAGAAGAAGAAGAAGAAAAAAAUGUCAGAGAGAAGCACUGUUCCGCCUUGAUGUGGUGCUCAGAUGUGCACCAAGACUACAAAGUCCUGCUUCCAUCCUGUUUUUUUUUUUUUUUCGUUUUGUUUUUGUCAGUGGGUAAAGGGGGUAAAUUAUUGAAUAAAAUUUAUAAGAGCAAUUUAUGCUGGCUUAUUGCAUUUGCACUCAAGAAGGUUAAGGGGUGGGACACUGAGAAGCUCAGACAUUACUAAAGACUGCAAAUUCCCACCACGUCGCCCUCAUUGCUCGUUAGAUCGGGGGAUCGUGGGUGUGGAAAGAAACAACAGGUCUUUUCUGACGAUGACUGUUUCUACAUUUUGGAAGGGGGGGGAGGGGUCGGGGAGGGGGUUGAGGUAAAGUCGAGCAGGGAGAUAAACCUGCAUUUUGUUCUUUUUGAUAUCUGCUUUUCGCCACGCAGUCCAAACUGCCUUUCUCUUUUCAUGCAUUGAUUUAAAAGAUGCACUGUUUCCUUGUUUUUCUGUUGUUUUUUCUUUUCCUUUUUUUUUUGUAUGUUCUGAUCAGCAGUGAAAGCACAUUUAAUCACAAAAGCAGAGUUUAAGAAACUGAAAAUUUUAAGUCACUCACAUUUUGAAAACUCAAAUAAUGAAAUUUUAUCCAUUUUUUUUUUUUUUCUGAUAAAAUGCCAUAAAAGGGGGGAAGGUGCAGUAGCUGUACACACCCCCUGGUCUAUUUGAGCUGUUUGUCUUUGCUUCAGUGUCGUGCCACUUCAAAGGUUGGGCCAGAUCAUUCUCUGUCUGCGCCCGUCUCGUUCCGGGGUUCUUUAGGGGAAGCUUUAAGAUGGCCCUGCACAAGAAACACAGGGUAAAAAUUGCACUAGAUAUUAAUAGUGACGUUUACAGUGUAGUUUUUUUUUUUUUCCUUUUCAAAGAAAUGUGAUCUGCCAUAGGUAAAACGAGGGCUGUGAUAGGAUGGCUGAGAUGAUGGACGAAUGUAAACUGUAGCACUGCUUUGGCGAGGGUCCAAGCCUAGAUUGAAAACAUUAAAAAAAAAGAAAUAAUUAACUUUUUGUGUACAACUCAUAAUGAGCUAUAUUAUAUAAAAUGAAUCUGACUGUGAGAGUUGGUGGCGUUCUCGAGCUUCAGUGAUGUCAUUCAUUUUAAAAACAGAUGUGAACAGGUCUUCCCUUUUGCAUGUGUGCAAAAACCGAGCAUGGUUCAAGUACAGGUGUUGUUGUUUUUGUUUUGUUUUUUGUUUUUUUUUUCAUUUUUGUUUUUUAUUUCCACCUUCUCUCCCGACACUUGUGUACGCCUCUAGCAUUGAAAUGACAAGAUUUAGCGAAUCAUAUCUUUAUAUUUUAUUUAAUUUAUUCUGCUUCAGCUUUUGUUUGGAACAAACAUUUUAAUGACUGAUUAAAUUUUAAUUACUGAUGACUUCUGAUUCCCCCCCCACCCCCCACUCUGUUUAAAACUUAUUACUCUAGAUUUUCAUGUUUACUCAAAACUGUUAAAUUGGGCAUUUAGCCUGUCAGACAUUUAAUCGGUUUCUCUUGUUUUGUGCAUCAAAUAAUUAUUGUUUUUUUUUCUCAGAUCUCUGUGAACAGGCAGGGUUACGUAAUGCCACCGAAUACAAAGAAUUUCAGAUCAAAUCCAAUUAAAAUACAGCAGUAAAUAAGACGGGGUGGGGAGACGUUUAUAUACUCCACUGUUAUGAUAAAGGGUUGUGGAGCAGUGCCUUAGACUGUGAAUGUGUGGGUGUGAGUGCGUGCCAUAACUUUAUGUCCGGAAAGAAGCAACGCUGAGGACGUACUGUAUAGAAUACAGACUUAUUAAAAUGAUCCAAAUUAUAAAAUUGGACUCUAAAACUUGAAUUUAUUCACCUAUGUGCUUACUUUUGAGUUUGCCACCGUGUCAUUCUUUAAGGACAAAGUGAGUCAGAUUACCAGCCCUGUUAAAUAGAACUCAUGAGAUGCAUUGAUAGCCCACACACAAAAGUCCAAUAAACUCUGAUAAACAGUAUUUAUUGUGCUAAGAAUCUCCACUUGAUUACAUGUAGUGUGAGGCAUAACCCUCAUUAAAACAUCGGCUUCAAAAGCUUGUUCGCGUUUCCUGCUGAACUGUAAAAAUAUACGGCUGUGAGAAACACCGGUUUUAUGUUUUAUGUUGCUUAUGGUCUUUUUUUCUUUUCUUUUCUUUUUUUUUUUUCUUGUGCAGGGUAAAUUGAAUUAUGUUGCACUAUAAACUGAGAAAUUCUCAGAGAUUGUCGUGGCUAACCCCCUGGGAGGAUAAGCUCUGUUUGAGGUGGCUGAAAGAGAAAGUCCAAGAAUGUAUGUAAAAUUCUGUAUUUGUAUUAUUAUUAUUAUUUUUUUUUUCUUUUUGAUCGCAGCUGACUCCCUCUCAUGGAUGAUCACUGAAAGUGAUGAAAUGAGAGCUAUUAGGAGUUGUUGGUUAAACGAACAUUUUGCUGCAAAUAAAUUCUCAUAUACUUUAAAAGAAAAACCUUACAUUGCGCUCUGUUCAUCCCCCAUCACUGUAAGACUUAACGGGAACAGUAGGUUUUUGUUGCAUUGAAUGGUUCAUCCUGAAAACAAUACAUUUAUAUGCAAAGAGACAGUUGUAUAAUAAAGUGCAUGCCAUUCAGACAUUCACCCUAACCCAAUCAAACCUCUGAUCUUUAUGCACCAUGUAUUUUAUGCUGAAUAACUGUUGUCACUGUUAGCAAACGAAAAACCGUGGAGCCUUGCAGUGAGCAGGGCUGUGUUUUACUUUGAAUGUUUGCAUAAAACUUAAUCUCUUGUAAUAAUGACAGCAAAAAAAAAAAAAAAAAAAAAGUGACAAAGAGUGGAAUAUGUAGACAAACCACCGGGUUGAGUGUGCAUUUUUGAACCUUCAGCAGGCUAAAAAAAAAAAAAAAAAUGCACUAAAAGUUUGUAUGUGUGCGCGUCCGUGUCCUUGAACAUAAUGCCAGCACUUUAGAAUUACUUUCGGGAAAAAAAAAAAGCGAAAGAGAAAAACAUCAAGAGCGACCAAGGGUUAGGCAAUGAGGGGCGAAUGCAACUUUUAAAGCCAUGUGUUCAGAGCGCUGACAAUCAGAAAAGGGAGGAGACCCAAAGUGCACUAUGGGAGAUACGACAGGACUUGCUGUGCUCUUGCUAUCUGCUUCGUCUUUCUCCGGCUUGCUUUGGUCUGUGCUAGCUUACUUUCCAGAGUGAAGGGACGCGGUGGUGUUAACCUCAGCCUUCUUGGUUAUAAGUGUGUGUCUUUGCAACAAGGACUGACUCAUACCUUGGUGCUUCUUGAACAGAGCUGCCCCAUACUGACGUGGACCAUUCGCGUCACGGUCUUGCAAAGACGGGCCGAACUCGGUCCUCAGUGUGGGCUUUCUGGUAACCUCUUGAUGGACAACAUUAUAAAUGGUAAAAGGGGAUCUUACCAUGCAACCCUACACUUCAGUCAUGGUAAUGUCCCUCACUAUCAACAGGGCUUGGACCAGGCAAACUGGGAUGGGACAAUUUCAGUGUUGAUACCGCUUUAUGUUUCAAAUGAAAAAUGUUAAAAAUGUUUAUGCGCCUUCUGACUCAAGCAUCAAUAAUAUAUACAGCAGAAAUGCAAGUUGCCACUUUUGAUGUUGCAUAAGAAUCUACCUUUCAUUCCCAUCAUGGUAUUUGCCAUCACCAGUUUUAAGUUGUACGUCCAAGAGUACCUAAUUUCUUUAAAUGCAAUACAGAAAAAAAAAUCUGCUUUCUAAUAAAAGUCCUUACUUCACCAUA